AUGUCGUUCUUCGCUAACGUACAGGUUGUGGACAACGUCGAGGCCCAAGCGAACGAAGAAUUGGAGAUGGACGAGCUCAGCCGAAGGUCAACCACUACGGAAGACACCAGCGCUACCGGGCAGAGUGCCGAGGAGCGAGAGAACGUGGAGGUGGACUUAGUCCAUCAGCAUGGAGGCAUGGAAGACGAUGCUAUCAGCACCGCCAGCAGCGCUGAGAGGAGUAGCACGGAGAGCGACGCCACCGAAUCCACGUCGGCCUCGCACGCUGCCGAGGCGGAAAGACCAAUGGCUCACCUGUCGUGCCGGCUGUGCUCCGAGGACGAAAAUGCGCCGGAGGAACCACUCUACCAGUGCCCGUGCCGCUGCAUCGACACGUACGUACACCAGUCUUGCCUGGAGCAGCUUUUGUACCAAAGACCUGAAGGCGGCGUGUGCGCGGUGUGCCACACUCGUUACCCAGUACGGCGCCAGACCAAGCCACUCUGGCUAAGCUUCUGGGAUAAAGAGUCGCGUGAGGACGCUAUUCUGUUUUUGGCCUACAUGGUUUUCAAUCUGGGUAACAUCGGCGUGCUCACCAUGGCUUGGAUGUACGUCCUGGUCGAGUACAGCCCUAAAUCAUGGCUUCCAACAGCGUCACUGGCCUUAGCGCUGUUCGUUAUUUCUGUCUUCUGGAUUGGGUUUGCCUGCCAGCGCCUCAGUGUCCACUUCAUGAACCUUGUGCAAUGGAGGAGAGACAACACAACCCUGAAAGUGUUGUUCACGAACAAAGUCACUCAGGCCUGA